GGGGAAUCAAUUCCUGCAAUCAUGUGCGGUUGAGUCACCGGCGCUGAAACGGAACUGUUUUACCAGCGGAGUGGAGAACUCGAACAAAUGGCAGUUUAUUUUAAUUACAGAGUUGAAAUAGUUUAAUGAUCUACAUGAUUAUCAUUUAGUAACAUAUUUUAGAGCUAAAAAAGAUGAAAAAGGUGAAAAAACGCCACCCGCUGAAUGGGAGCAGAACAACACCUGGCAGACAUGAAGAUCGCAUGUCGUGGAAGAAGCAGAAGCUUGUAGACAUCCAGCAGGCGCUGAACAGUGACCCCGUGGACAUCGAGACCCUGCGGAGUGCAGCUGUCAGCGAGGGAGGCUUGUUGACGGACGACGUGCGAAGAAAAGUUUGGCCCAAGCUCCUCAGUGUCAACGUGUUUGACCUUCCUGCCAAACCUGCUAAAAAUAUCAGAGAGAACCACAAAGACUACAACCAGGUGCUUCUCGACGUCAGACGCUCCAUGCGACGAUUCCCGAGAGGGAUGCGGGCUGAUGAGAGGGAGGUGCUGCAGGAGCAGCUGAUUGACAUCAUCCUGGACGUUCUGAGAAGAAACCCUCAGCUGCACUACUACCAAGGCUACCACGAUAUAGUGGUCACCUUCCUGCUGGUGGUAGGAGAGCGGAUGGCCAUCGCGAUGGUCGAGAAGCUGUCCAAUCAUCACCUCAGGGACUUUAUGGACCCUACCAUGGACAGUACCAAACACAUCCUGAAUUACCUGAUGCCCAUUCUGGAGCAGGUCGAUCCCGAGCUACACGACUUCAUGCGGAGAGCUGAGGUCGGCACCAUCUUCGCCCUCAGUUGGCUGAUCACAUGGUACGGUCAUGUCCUCUCGGAGUUCCGGCACGUUCUGCGACUCUACGAUUUCUUCCUGGCCUCCCAUCCGCUCAUGGCCAUUUACUUUGCUGCCGUGAUCGUGUUGUAUCGGGAGCGGGAGGUGAAGAGCAGCGAGUGUGACAUGGCCAGCGUUCAUCACCUGCUCUCUCACAUUCCUCAGGACCUUCCAUACGAGCAGCUCAUCUCCCGCACCCAGAACCUCUUCACCCGCUACCCCCCCACCCUGCUCACCUGCUCCACCACACUGCAGUCCCACCACAGCAUUGCCAUCAGCUCCUUUCAGGACUUCCAGAUGUCCACUCAACAGCAGCGGCCCGACUCCAUCCUGCGGCAGCAACGUCAGCAUCUCCACCAGCGUCAAGAUGCCCGCCUCGCCCUGGCACACCCCAGCAGCGUUCAGCCCAGCGGCGCCCAGCAGCUCAUGAGGAUGGCCGUGUGGGGUAUUUCAGCUACACUUGGUGCGGCCGCGCUGGCUGUCGUGCAGACCGCCAUGGACUGGGCACCUGACUUUCUCCUGCAGCUGUUCUGACCACCUCGAGAGAGAGAGUGUGGGUGUGUGUGUGGAGAGUGUGUGUGUGUCUCUCUCCCCUCUCUCUCUCUCUCUC